AUGUAUUGCAAUUACUACAGUGGCUACAUGGCAAUAAUUCUUUAUAUAAUUGGUGGUUCAUUGGGUGAUGUUUUUGCGCUGGAGGAUAUUCAUGACGGAAACCACAAUACCGAUGAUUUGAGCACACAGGAAGAUUUGAAACCUGAGAGUACCACCAUGGUUCAAAAAAUUCGGAGUCAAUAUCAGAAAUUGUAUCAUAAUACCUCGCCAGUUAAUGCAAGCGUUUCUCAAUCGAAAAAUUCAACUGAUCUUCAUGAGUCCCAAAACAAUCUGCUUGAUUCAUCUUCCGAGAUGAAUCAUGAUGAAGAAUAUGUAGCAAAUGAAAACUCUGAAAGUAAUAGCUGUGAUCCUCAAAAUCCAAAUGACUUGAUUGUUCCAGCCGGUACUGAUUUGAAUUCCAUGGCAAUAAAUUAUAUCAAUGAUAGCGAAAAUGAAAUUGAGGCUUUAGCAUCGAGAGCUGCAGAAUUGAACCAGAAAUGA